CGGUGACACAACUUCCCCAAAACAGAUAAAAUGGCCGGCCAAGAAGAUCCUGUGCAGAGGGAGAUCCACCAAGACUGGGCAAACCGAGAAUAUAUUGAAGUUAUCACGAGCAGUAUCAAGAAAAUUGCUGAUUUUCUAAAUUCCUUCGAUAUGUCCUGCCGGUCUCGUUUGGCCACUCUGAAUGAAAAGUUGACCGCCUUAGAAAGGAGAAUUGAGUACAUUGAAGCAAGGGUCACAAAAGGAGAGACAUUAACCUGAACCUAGGUAUCCCAUACUCUAUGGGCCCGUGCACUGGGUGGUGCAGUUCUGAGGAUUGACAACAUUUGUGUUCAUUUCCAUCUGUCGUUUUUGUUUGUUUUUAACAGUUUUUUUUAAACAGUUUUGUAUUUGGUCUGUGUGACCGCAAAAAACCCUUUUUGCACAGUAUUCUAGGACCAUGGUUAAUGGAGAGUGAAUGUAAUAUCCCACGCUGUGUUACAGUGGCUUCAUCACAUGGUAUCUUGUUGUAUGUUAUUAUCGGUUAACAUAACUAAUAUAUUAAAAAAAAAAUUU